AUGAUUUCAAGAGCACUUCGACAUUGUAUUAUUAAUCAAACAUCUAGAUCAUAUACUACUUCUACAACUAAACAACGAUCAUCAACAACAAGAAUGUCAGGAGUAAAAUACAAUAAUAAUAACGUCAACAGAGGACCAAGACCAAAUUAUUUCUUGGGUUUACAAAUUGAUAAUCAAGCGAUUAUAGAUCAAUUGAAACAAAUACAAAAUCAUAUUGGUGGAAGAGUACCAGAUGCUAAAAAGAGUAUAAUUGCAAUUGAAAAGUUACAUCUAACUCUAUUUGUUAUGACAUUGGAUGAUGUACCAACUCAACUAGCACUCAUCAAGACUCUUUUACCACAAGCAAAGACAUUAAUGAAUGAAACAUUUGAUAAUGUUAUACCAUCUUCUUCUAUUGUAGGAAUUGGAUCAUUUAAUGAUAGAGUAAUUUGGGCAGGUCUUAAAGAAGAUGAUAAGUCUAAAUUAACUGUAUUCUAUGGUAAACUACUUAAAUUAUUCCAAGAUAAUAAUAUUCAAGUUGAAGAUCGUUGGUCUCCUCAUAUCACCCUUGCAAAGGGUCAAAAAGAUGGUGCAAUGUUACGUGCUACAAAGGAGAGUGAAAGAUUUAAAGAUCAAGAUUUUGGAAUUCAACAAUUUAAUAGUUUACAAUUAAUGAGAAUUGGAUCAACAAACAAACAAACUGGAUAUUAUGAUAUUAUAGAUUCUAUAAACUUUUAA